CCUUCUCCUCAGACCGCGCUGAGAGAGAGGAAGGAGCGCCUCGCCGCCUGUGUGCUCUUACUUGGCCUCCCUUUUCUGUAUCUCUCGGCCUCCCCCGCCGGCCAAGCUGGCCUCCUCGGCUUCUUCGUCCUCCGCCGACGACGGCGACGAGGCCGCCAUGGAGCCCGGCGCCGCUUUGGGAGGCUCCAGCGAGAAGAAAAGGAUAAGUUCAGAACGAAGGAAGGAGAAGUCUCGAGAUGCUGCUAGAUGUCGGAGGAGUAAGGAGUCAGAGGUCUUCUAUGAACUUGCUCACCAGUUGCCUCUACCCCAUCAUGUGAGUUCACAUCUCGACAAAGCAUCCAUUAUGAGGUUAACAAUCAGCUACCUGCGGAUGAGAAAGCUGCUGGAUGCAGGUGACUUGGAGGCAGAAGCUGAAAUGGAGACACAGCUGAAUUGCUUUUACUUAAAAGCCCUUGAUGGAUUUGUCAUGGUUCUCUCAGAAGAUGGUGACAUGAUCUACAUGUCUGAAAAUGUGAACAAGUGUAUGGGACUCACACAGUUUGAUCUGACUGGACACAGUGUGUUUGAUUUCACUCAUCCAUGUGACCAUGAAGAGCUGAGAGAAAUGCUCACCCAUCGGAAUGGUCCAGUGAAAAAAGGAAAAGAGCAAAAUACAGAGCGCAGUUUUUUCCUCAGAAUGAAGUGUACAUUGACCAGCAGAGGAAGGACUGUCAACAUAAAGUCUGCCACAUGGAAGGUGCUUCACUGCACAGGACACAUUCGGGUCUAUGACAAUUGCAACAAUCAGACCGUGUGUGGAUAUAAAAAACCUCCAAUGACAUGUUUGGUGUUAAUCUGUGAGCCCAUCCCUCACCCAUCAAAUAUAGAAGUCCCCUUGGACAGCAAAACAUUCCUCAGCCGACACAGCCUUGACAUGAAAUUUUCAUAUUGCGAUGAAAGGAUUACAGAGCUGAUUGGCUAUGACCCUGAAGAGCUCCUGGGUCGCUCCAUAUAUGAAUACUAUCAUGCCUUGGACUCUGAUCAUCUGACCAAAACACAUCAUGAUAUGUUCGCUAAAGGGCAAGUGACCACUGGGCAGUAUAGAAUGCUUGCCAAGCAAGGGGGAUAUGUCUGGGUUGAGACUCAAGCAACCGUCAUCUACAACACUAAGAAUUCCCAGCCACAAUGUAUAGUUUGUGUGAAUUACGUCUUGAGUGGCGUUGUUCAGGGGGACUUGAUAUUUUCACUCCAGCAAACAGAGUGCAUGUUGAAACCAGUAGAGUCUCCUGAGAUGGGCGUGAUCAAGAUACUUGACCAGACAGAACUGGAAGACAGCAACAGCCUCUUUGAGAAAUUGAAGAAGGAGCCAGAUGCGUUAACCUACCUUGCUCCUGCGGCUGGAGACACUAUCAUAGCAUUAGAUUUCGACAGUGAUGAGACUGAUGAGCAACAAUUUGAUGAAGUUCCUUUGUAUAAUGAUGUAAUGCUCCCCUCAUCCAGUGAGAAAUUGCAGAGUAUAAAUUUGGCAAUGUCCCCAUUACCUGCUUCUGAAGCUACAAAACUGCUCCGUAGCAGUGCUGAUCCAGCUCUCAAUAGAGAGGUGGUGUCCAAGCUGGAGCCCUGCACGGAGCCUUUAGAUCUUUCUUUCUCCAUCCGUCAGACGCAAGACCAGCCAGCCACUCCUUCUGAUGGAAGCACCAGCCAAAGCUCACCUGAGCCCAGUAGUACCCCUAGUGACUACUGUUUUGAUGUGGAUAAUGAGAUGGCCAGUGAGUUCAAGUUGGAGCUGGUGGAAAAACUUUUUGCAAUUGAUCCAGAGUCAAAAAAACCAUUUUCUAUGCAGGAAACUGAUUUAGAUUUGGAAAUGUUGGCUCCCUAUAUCCCCAUGGAUGAUGAUUUCCAGUUACGUUCCUUUGACCAGCUUUCUCCACUAGAGAGCAGUUCUGCAAGCCCUCCUUCCAGUGGGGCCACAGUUGCAGGAUUUCAAUCGACUCCAGUGCAGUUACCUACCCCGGACAAGAUACCGCCCAUGACAAUCAAACAUGAAGAGGAUUCUAAGACGCACACGGCUCCCAUUCACAUGCCCCUCGAAACGAACAGUGUCCCGGCAUCGCCAUACACAGAUAACUCAAGUCGAACUGCAUCCCCGGUCAGAACGGGAAAAGGCACAAUAGAGCAAAAAGAGAACUCAAGUCCAGGGACACCAAGCUUGUUGACAGUCACGUUGGGUAAAAGUAGAUCAACUGCAGCAAAUGAAGACAUCAACCCAAAGAUAAUAGCUCUACAUAAUAUUCAGAGGAAGCGGAAGAUGGAGCAGGAUGGCUUACUUUUCCAAGCAGUGGGAAUUGGCACAUUAUUGGCGCAGUCUGCAACUCCUGGAACAAAUGUAUCACUGGCUUGGAAACGUGUAAAAGGAUGUAAACCCAAUGGGCAGAGUGAGGUGGCAGAGAAGACGGUCAUUUUAUUACCCUCAGAUAUAGCAAGUAAACUCCUAGGGCAGUCAAUGGAUGAGAAGGGACUUCCGCAACUUACCAGCUAUGACUGUGAAGUGAACGCUCCCAUACAGGGCAACAGAAACCUGCUACAAGGAGAAGAGUUGCUCAAAGCCCUGGAUCAAGUCAACUGAGCUCCCUCUGCCCUGAACCCUUCACAGUUGUUCUGUUUUCUUGGACACUGGUGACUUACCACCUAAAAGCAGUCUAUUUAUAUUUUCUAUAUCUGAUUUUAGAAGCCUGGCUACAAAUACUGCACUAAUUCAGUUAGUUUGGUUCUGAUCCCCUUUCUACGUUGGACGGUCUUUUACUUAAAGAAAGUUAGCUAUUUUUUUCUUUUUUGAUGACAGUUUCUCAGCUAAUGGUGCAAUUUUUGGUACAUAAACAAAGUCCAGUACGUUUAGCACGCGCUUGCAAUGGCAGCUUUGAAUAGGCACCUUUUUUAAAAGAAGUAUUUAUUUUUUAUUUUGACCAGGAGUUUGUCACUGAGAAAAAUUUCUUAUCAGAUGAUACACCGCCACAGUAAAACUGUCUCAGCCUUCUCUCCUCCAGUUGAAGGCACCUUGUGCUCUGUCGCUCUAUGAUAUUAAGGAUUUUUUUACUUACUUUUACUUGUUUUUAGAAAAAGAAGAAACAUGGCUUUGCAGCAGUGCAUUUGUAGCCACAAUCGCACAAUCUAUUUUCUUAAUAAAAUAAGUACAAAAUGCCAGCAGUUCCUCAUGCAAUAUAUUCUGCAUUUAGAAGGUUAGUUUUCAAGGACAUUGCCCCCCUUUUUGUUCUUGUUUUAUGUUGAUUGCCUGUGAAAUCAUGUAGAAAUUUUGGAUCAAUGCUUUCUUGUCACAUAUUACAGGAAAGUUCUCAAGUGCUGUGUUAAUGCCCAGUUUGGGUAGGUAGGGGAAAAAAGAAAGGUUUGAUUUUGAGGUGUUAGGAAGCAAUAUGUGGGGCUUUCUACUCUAGGGGGGAAAUGAUGACGGGGCAAGGGAUGUUUAUAAAGUUUGGAAUAGCUCUGGAGAAAGCAGAGUACAUUUUUCUCCCUUUACAAUACUUGAGGUCUCUCAAUAAAGUUGGUUUCAAGAUGCACACACAAAACGCAGUUCUUCACACCAUGCAUUAAUUCACUGCCACAAUGUGGUGAAAGCCACUGGCUUGUAUAGCUUUUAAAAAGGUUAGACAGGGAGGAUAGGGCUAUGUGUUAAUGAUAGCUAGAUUGAUCCUCCAUGUUUGGAGGCAGUGUACCUCUGAAUACCAGUUUGCUGGGAGGGAAACAAUAGGGAGCAACUGUUGAUUCCAUGCCCUGCUUGUGGGCUUCCUAGAAGCAUCUGGCUGGACUAGAUAGACCUUUGGUCUAAUCCAGGAGGGCUCUUUUCAAUGUUAUUUAUGUGGAUAAAUUCUCUUUAAAGGGAAGAGAGUGUUUUUAAUGAUGUAUCAGUUGCUUUGUUUGUUCAGAGAGAAUUCUCCCCUGCCUAUAGCUGUGGAAGUUCCUGCUAAUAUUGUAUACCUAAUAACGGAAUCUAAAUGUCCCAACUUCCCAAUGUUUGGUAGCGAUGAUAAUUCAAGCAAAUCAUAAAACAUCCUGCCUUGUUAGCAGAGUUGCCUAGUUUCAUCACUGAGUUGCUUGGUAAUAUUUGAUGUUUUGCAUUUUAUGCACCUUGUUGCUAUUAACAUCCACGUGUUUCAGUUUUGUUUUGUUAAUCAUAGAUUUCAGUAAUGCUGAAUGUAUUUUAGGAACCUUUUUUAUUUAGAGAACUUGUCACAAAACAUCUUAUUUUCCUUCUACGUGCUGUAUAAUAAUUAUCCCAUUCUUUCCCCCUUUUUUUCUGUGGUUGGAUCUAACACUAACUGUAUUGUUUUAUUACAUCAAUAAACUAUACGUGGACUAGGCCUGCAACAAA